CUAAAUCAUGGGAUAGUUCAAGUCAAAUGGUGUAUCAAGCAGAACUGCUUAUUAAUCGGUUAAAACAUGACAAAUUAUGUGAUUGGGAUAAGGAUUGGAAAGUUAUUACAUUAUUUGUUGGUAGUAAUGAUUUAUGCAGUUUUUGCGAAGAUUCAAAUUCAACUAAGCAUACACCAGAACAAUAUAUGCAUAAUAUUCGUGAUACAUUGAAUAAAUUAUAUAAUGCUUCAAUACCACGUACACUUAUAAAUCUUGUUCCUGUACUUAAUGUUCGUAAUGUUAAAGAUCUUAGAAAUGGUAAUUAUAUUUGUCAAAUACUUUAUAAAAAAACAUGUCCAUGUGCUGCUUUUCCAACAGCUGAACAAGCUAAAACAUUAGAAGAUUAUAUAAUACGUUAUCAUCAAUUACUUUUUGAUUUCAUUGGUUCUGGGCGAUAUGAAGAUCGUGAUGAUUUUACUGUAGUUAUUCAACCAUUUAUGGUUAAAACUAAACUACCAUAUAAAGAUAAUCAUAAAAUUGAUUUUAGUUAUUUUGCACCAGAUUGUUUUCAUUUUAGUGGUAAAGGUCAUUCAUUAGCUGCACUUUCACUUUGGAAUAAUAUGCUUGAACCUGUUGGUGGUAAAAAAUCGUCAUGGCACAUAGGUGAAUCAUUAAAAUGUCCAACAAAAGAAUAUCCAUAUAUUUUUACAUGGAAAAAUUCUGCUAAAGCAUUAGAUGAAUUUAAACAUACAACUAUAGUUCAAACAACUAAUAGUAUAUCUACAAUAAGUAGUGAUACUUCUAUUUAUGAUGUUAAUUCUACCAGUCAAUAUCAUCGUAAACAUAAAAAAACCAAAUUUGAUAUAUCUUCUAAUAAAAUGAAAUUUAUCACAGUAACUGGUUUCUUAUUUAUUAUCACCAUGAUUCUCAUUAUUGGUAUUGUUAGACGUCGAAAAGUUCGUGUAUUUAUUCCAGGAAAUGAACGACAUGAUUUUAACGGUAUAGAUAAUUCACAAUACCACGAUGAUAAUGAAGAAGUAGAAGUUUGGAGUCGAACAAAUACAAAAUCAAAUUAUUUUAAAAAUAAUGAAACUAUUAAACAACAUGGUACACGUAUCUCUUUUGAAUAA